AUGUUUUCCUUUUCUUUUCUUUUCCUUUUUUCCUUUUUUUUUUAUUAUUCACUUUUCCGUUCCGUGCGGUGGCGUGUGUUUCGAAUUAAAAAUUUUUUUUUUUGGAGGGGGGAGGGACUACCUGCACACCUCAAUCAACUCUUACCGACUCAUCGACACUGUUCGAUAAAAGUUGAUUAA